AUGACGAAGGAGACCGUCUUGAAUCAGCAAAGCAGUAGCGAGAUGCCCUCACAGCUUGUGGGCUCUAUCAAGCGCUGCACUAGCGCCUCUCCUGAGCCCUCGAACAAGAGAGCGAAACUGCAAGAGGACGAUUGUCAUCCUCCUGCCACCGCCUCAGUGGACCCCGUACCAAAAGCGACCCUUUUGGGUCCCACCGGACCCCCCACCGAGGACUCCUGGGCAACGGACGACAAGGCAUGGGAAGAAAACCCUUCGCACAAGCCGACGUGGAUCGAACGCUUCAGGACUCAGCCGGAAGCCGUCCACAAGGACGACGGCUCACGCGACAGCGAGAGGAAGGAGCAGGAGCGCGAGAGCGCCGAGCAGCAGCGAGCUGCAUGGCAAGAGGCAUUGAAGGAGCGUGAUACCGAGUGGAAACAAACCACUAUCACUGCGUGGUCAUGGCCUUCGUACUGCGAAACUUGCCACCCGGAGAACUUCGAACAGCCUCUGAGCGACGUUGAUAGCGGGUACGAAUGGAGUGACGGCGGGGGGAAUGACGGCCAGUCUUACGCAGUGGCGCUUCAGAACCCUACAAGUGGAAUUGAUAGUGACCAGGACAGCGGAAGGGAGACAGAAGAUUGA